CUCAGCACUUCUCUUCACCUCCCCCUUCGACGUCAUGGCGCUCAAAGUGAUCAGCCUGCUGGCGUGCGCCGCCCUGGCUGCGGCCAACGUCCACCCGCCCCAGUACGGCGGCCACCCGGCCCCCCACCACGGCGCCUACAAGCAGCAUUACUGCGACCCCACGGCGGCCCCGGCCUGCGCAGCCAACAGCAGCGCCACCUACUGCGUUGAGGACGCCGAGUACCCCGCCUACGAGAUCAAGGCAGCCAUCGCGCAGGACCACCUCUUCGCCAAGAAGUACGCCGACAUCGGCACCCAGUCGGCCGACGACCUGGUCGAGGGCCUGACCAAGGAGCAGGAGGAGGCGUUCGACUACGGCUUCUACACCGGCGCCUCCACCGGCGACAGCCCGUAUGAUGUGACGCACUGGGCUGGUCCCGCCGGCUACAUAUGCCCCAGCGACGUGGCCUACGCCAUGCCGCGCCGCGCCCAGAACGUUGCCGGCGAGUGGCGCGUUAUCGUCAACGACGUGCACUACUACACCCAGACCGCCAGGGUGGAGACCUGCCUGUACCCGGACGCCGCCUGCCGCGCGCUGGCCCCCUGCUACAAGAGCAAGUGCACGCAGAAGUACAUCUACCACCGCAUGCUGUCGUUCGACCCGUGCGACCCGUACAAGGGCCUGUUCAUCGACAUCUACCGCCUGCCGAGCGCCUGCAGCUGCCACGUGGCCGCCCACUAGAGGCGCCACGUGAGCCAAUGACGUCACAGACACCACGGCGAGCGAGCACAGCGAGGCCCAGCGCCCGCUGACAAGACUCCUCUCCCCCCAGAGACUGCCGCCGCGCCGCCGCCGACCAUCAGGACCCGUGUGUGCUGGCUCCCCGCCUGCGUGUCGCCCCUGUCCUCUCCUCUGUCCUGUCCCUGCUGAGAGUAGCAAAAACACGCAAUAAAAAUGGCAUAACGA